AAGUCCAGUGCCGGGUGGAAGUCCACUUACAGGGCAGGCAUAAAUAGCAGGUGCCUGAUAAACACAGCUACAUUUGCCUGGAGCUCCUGGGACCUACAAGGAAGCAAUCUGCAAUGCUGCACCUCCUCUACAUGCUUGCCCUGCUGGUACAACCCCUGGGGAGCCUGGGAGCAGAAAUGAAGACCCUCUCACAGAGAUCAGUAUCCAACACCUGCACUCUAGUCAUUUGUAGUCCCACAGAGAACAGCCUGCCUGGACGGGAUGGACGGGAUGGGAGAGAGGGUCCACGGGGAGAGAAGGGUGAUCCAGGUUUGCCAGGACCUGCAGGGAUUGCAGGGAUGCCUGGCCCUGCAGGUCCAGUUGGGCCCAAAGGGGAGAAUGGCUCUGCUGGAGAACCUGGACCAAAGGGAGACUCUGGACCAGGUGGACCUCCCGGACUCCCAGGUUUGCCUGGUCCAGCUGGAAAAGAAGGACUCUCUGGGAAGCAGGGGAACACAGGACCUCAAGGCAAACCAGGUCCCAAAGGAGAGGUUGGGCCCAAAGGAGAAGUAGGUGCUCCGGGCAUGCCGGGAUCUGCAGGAACAAAAGGCCCUAUAGGCCCCAAGGGAGAAAGAGGUGCCCCUGGUGAACGAGGAGCCCCUGGGAUUGCUGGGGCAGCAGGGCCUACUGGAGCCGUGGGUCCACAGGGAGCUCCAGGUUCGAGGGGGCCACCAGGGCUCAAGGGGGACAGAGGGACUCCUGGAGACAGAGGAGCCAAAGGUGAAAGCGGGCUUCCAGACACCGCUGCUCUGAAGCAGCAGUUGGAGGCCAUAAAGGGACAGCUACAGCAUCUAGAGGCUGCUUUCUCUCACUAUAAGGAAGCCACACUCUUCCCUCAUGGCCAAAGUGUUGGAGACAAGAUCUUCAGGACAGCCAACUUUGAAAAGCCUUUUGAGGAUGCCCAGAAGAUGUGCAAGCAGGCUGGGGGGCAGCUGGCCUCCCCACGUUCUGCUGCUGAGAACACUGCCAUAGAGCAGCUUAUCUCAGCAUACAACAAAGCUGCUUUCCUGAGCAUGACGGAUGUGGACACUGAAGGAAAGUUCACUUACCCCACAGGAGAGUCCCUGGUCUAUUCUAACUGGGCCCCAGGGGAGCCCAACAACAAUGGUGGAGCUGAAAACUGUGUGGAGAUCUUCACCAACGGCAAAUGGAAUGACAAGGUUUGUGGAGAGCGACGCCUUGUCGUCUGUGAGUUCUGAGCCACUAGAGGUAGCAGGUGGGACAGUACUUGGCCAACAGCUUAGCAAGUGUGGUGUGGCUGAGACCCCUGUGCUACCAACAUCCUAAUAAAAAAUGACUACAUGUCUAGCUUGGGUUCUCUGUAGAAAGCAGCCAAAAUGCAGGGCUACACGCAACACAUCUCUUAGAGUGUCCUGCAUGGCUGCCUUCACAUGCUGAAAAGCUCUCGGGGGAAAAAAGAGGUCUUGUCUUACCACUUGCAGGGAAUAAAAUUGUCCAUCUCUAUGACCUGUCACAGAAUACGAUGCCUUCUUCUUGGCUCUGCUGCUUCUCAAAUUCUCAGCUGUGUUUGGCCUGGCUGAUGGCAUCUUUUUAAAACUUUCUCCUCUGGGAUUUUCUCCACUAUUGCCUGGGGCUUCUGGUGUCUUGGUGGCUCCUGAUGGUGGUUUCUUACAAGUCUGCUGUUUUCCUUCAUCACCUCAUGGGCACACACAGGCCCUAACUCAGUCCUCACUCACUCCAGGUGAGAUCAACCUGGCUCUUGGCUUCAUAUUCCAUCUGCAGGUCAUUUCUGGUCAGGACUUUUUUUUGAUGUCCCCAAACUAAAAAAUGGCAGGAUAGAACCUCUGGCGGCCUCAAAGCCCAGCAGAGUGACGUGGCACGGAAUCACUCUGUUUCCCUAUUUGAUAUCAUGGCAACACCAUGGCAACGCCUAGGAAAAUGUUACUCAAAAUCCUUCAGUGGGGCUGAGAAAGACCUCUGCACCAUUCUAAACUCAUCCGUAAUCUCAGGGAGGUAGGAGAAGAGCAGCUGGCCAUGCUCAUAUUCACCUAAGCCUUCUAUUGCCAGACAGUUUUGAACAUUCCAUCCCUCUUGCUUCAAGGAUGGCCUAGGUAAUACUCCUUAACUCUUUUAAGUUUUUAUCUUUUUAAUUCUUAUGUAUAAAUGUUUUGCUGCCAUAUAGGUAUGCAUACCACACGCAUGCCUGUUGACUCUCUGGAACUGGGAUUAUGGAUGAUUGUGAGCCACUGUAUGGGUGCUGAGAAUCAAACCCAGGUCUGCACAAAGCAACAAGCACUCUUACCUGGUGAGCCUUCUCUCCAGCCCCAUCCUUCUUAUCUUUCAAAUGUAGAAAGUGAGGCCCAGAGAAGGGAGAGGACUCAUGCAAGGAUGACUUGGUAUGGUAGCAUUUGUGGGUCACAGAUAAGUUUUUCCCAACCUCAAAGCUAACAAUUCUGAGUGUUUGGUUUAUUUUGAUGCAUUUGUCCAAAUUUUAAUUAUACCUGUAUUCAAGAAAUGGGAAGGACACCUGGGUGGACCACAGGCCCAUUAAAAAAAAAAACAUAAAUGCCCCAUUUUCUAGGCAAUACCCUCAG